CGCACGCUUCCCUACCAGCCUGGCAAUAUGACCAUAGCUAGUGACCUUGCCAAAAGGCACCUCUUGAAUCGCUUCGUAUACUGCUGUGUACCAUAGCCAGACUUCUUCUGAGCGCUCUCCUGGUGCCAUGAUGAUCCGAGAUGUAGAGGUGAUUGAGUGCGGCUGCUUAAGCCGAACGGGAGCUCAGCACCCGUGAACGCGACAACACGAGAGCACGUGAUGCGGAACGCCUGCGCGCGCCAAGCCCUCAACUUUCCGUCCCGAGCUUCGCGGCUGGACUUUGCAGCAUCACCCGCAACCAACGCCUAAACUCAGCAUGUCUGGUCUUGCUGACUAUCUGGCUAAGAACUACCUCACGGCAGAUUCAGAAAAGAAGUCGAAAAAGCGCAAGAGGAAGAACAAGGAUGCCGGACUGAUCAUUGCCGACGAUGACAAUCUGGGCUGGAAGGAUAAAGCCGACGAGAACGACGAGGAUGCGCCAAUGAUAGUCGGCGGAGGCACUCUCAAGAAAUCCAAGAAGAAAUCCAAAGGCACAAGUGCCGCAACAUGGACAGCCGUAGGCGUCGCCGCGCCCUCACACGCUGAACAACUUGCUGCCGACGCUGCCGCCGCAGAUGCAAUCAUAGCAGGGACCGCCGCCGACCGCGAAAAGGCUGCUGAAGCGGAGGAUGAAGCGCCGGAAAUGGUAGACACAGACGGUGUCAUGAGGAUGGAGUCGGGCGCCAAAGCAGGUCUACAAAGCGCUGCCGAGGUCGCAGCAGCCAUGAAGAAGAAACAAGACGAGGAGAAGCGCAAGGCCGAAGAGGCCGCAAAGGAGAUGGGGAGCGCCGCGCAAGAAACCAUUUACCGAGAUGCCAGCGGUCGCAUAAUCAACGUCGCAAUGAAGCGCGCCGAAGCACGGAAGAAAGCUGAAGAAGAGGAACGCAAGAAGCGCGAGAAGGAGAAGGCAGCGCGCGGAGACGUACAAAACGCAGAUGCAGAGCGGAGGAAACAACAGCUACAGGACGCGAAGACGAUGACGAUCGCCCGAUACGCAGACGAUGCGGAGCUCAACGACGAGCUGAAGGAGCGAGGGCAUUGGAACGACCCUGCAUCAGGUUUCUUGCGCAAGAAGAAGGCUGGACGCAGCAUUACAGGCAAGCCUCUAUACCAAGGACCAUUUCAACCCAACCGGUACAACAUCCGCCCAGGACAUCGGUGGGACGGGAUCGAUCGAGGAAACGGGUUCGAGAAACAAUGGUUUGAUUCGAGGAACAGGAAAGCCAACAUUGAGAAGCUAGAGUAUCAGUGGCAGAUGGACGAGUAGAGUCCUGGGAUUGUCAAACCACUC